UAUAAUCGGGACUGACCAACAGUUCUUCGCGCCACACCGCAGUAUUCAUUUUGCGCGAUCAACAAUAACACUGCAGUGAUAUUACGGUGCAUGGUGUGAUUAAAAUUUGAUUUUUCCAACAAAAUCUUUAACAGAAAAAUGAAGACGCAUUGGAGAGUGAUAAUAUUAUUUAUGUGCGCUGUAUGCGCGCACGCUACUGAAUCACAAGAAACAGUUGCUGAAGAGCCCCCUGAGGGGUAUUACGCCUUCGUGGAGUCUCCCAAUGCUGAGCCUCCACGAGUGCGACCUCCACCCUACACCCACGCUCCGACAGACUGUAGGGAGGACGACACUAAAAGCCCCCAUGCGUCCGCUUUCAACUUAUGCGGGGAUUUAAACAAGGGAACAAUUCCUAGAAAUCCGAUGGGUCAGAAUGUUUUAGGGUCGCCGUAUCCUUUUGAACUGAUAAGAAACAUGACCUUGAAAUAUUUAAGUCGAACAUUACCAAUUCUGAAGGCGGACGAAACGUUACCGAAAGUUGCGCAGCUCCAAGAUGACCUUAUUUCCCAAAAUACCAUAACACCGUUCCAAAACAGCAACGAUAGGGUUAAAAGGGAAACAAAAACGAAUCAAAAACAAGAAAAGAAAGAUGAAACGCCCACUAACUCCACUUCUCAAGACAACAAAGACCGCAAAAGUCGCAAAUUUUGCGACCAAGGGGGCAUUUUCUGCAUGUUAUACAAAGCCAUCAAUGGGGAAUCGUAUUCUUCACCCAAUGUAGUCCAAUCUUCGCACCUUCCUGUUGAAAGAAGAGACGAAAUAGCACAACCCCGCUACGAGGGACCUCCCACCCCAUGCCCCGCUAAAGUUGAAUAUGCUACCCCAGUCUUCGCUAAGAAUUAUCAAGGAGUUUGGAGAUACGUCGUUCAAAUACCUUACGAAGGCUAUUUUACCCAAACUGUCGAAGUUACAAGGUGUCUCCAAUCGCGAUGUCAUUACUUGGAUGGUGGUUGCUUGUCUUCGCCGCGAUGGUCAAGUCUUUUGGUUGCAGAGAUUUAUUAUCCCGACACGGUUUUAAGCAAUAGUGACACUGCGAAUCCCCCUAGAAGUCCUGUGGCGGCGUCUCAGCCUCCGUCUGUACAAGAUUUCCAGAAUUACCAGCAGUAUUUGCACAAAAGGGCCGGACUUCAAGCCGCCCCUGUCGACUCCUCGACCACAACUAGACCCACCCAUUGCGACGGAGUAGACGCCCUUGGUUGUUUCCAAGUGCGGCUCUAUUACGACUGGUUCUUAAUUCCCGGUUCUUGCAAAUGUUGGAGACCCGAUUAUUUUAAUAAAUACGUCAGGAGGAAAUCCUCGGCUGAACUUUAAUUUUUCAAGACUGUAUAUUAGAUGAUUGAAAAGGGGGAUUUUUAUUUCAAAAAGUGUAGUCUAGUCUUCGAUUUUUGGGGGAGAAGGGUUUAAACCGGCCGAUACAGUUUGAUUUAAAAUCCCCUUUUUGUGAUAUGUCUCCCAAUUUAAGUGACGAGAGUGGAAAAAGCAUUUUAAUAUAUUUUUAUUUAUUUGUUACGAUAUAUUCCACCGUUACAGGUUUAAGAUUUGCACAUAAUUUAUGAAUAGGCGAUAGUAAAUAAUGUCAUGAAAUAGAGUAAUUUGAUAAAAAAUUAAAUUACUGUGUUUCACCAAAGGGUUAGGUAAUGGACGUGUAAAAUUUUUUGACAUUGUACAAAAACUGUGUAAAAAUUUCCUAGAAAUAUAUCCUUCAUCACA